GUCCCAGGAUGUCUAGCUUCUGAUACUAAGGAGCCCUUUCAGAUCCAGAGACUGAAGGGUUAUUACUGUGGUGCUAGAGCUAUGCAGCUGGAGCAUUGUCUUUCUCCCUCUAUCAUGCUCUCCAAGAAAUUUCUCAAUGUGAGCAGCAGUUACCCACAUGCAGGCGGAUCUGAGCUUGCCUUGCAUGAUCAUCCCAUUAUCUCGACCACUGACAACCUGGAGAGAAGUUCACCUUUGAAAAAAAUUACCAGGGGGAUGACGAAUCAGUCAGAUACAGACAAUUUUCCUGACUCCAAGGACACACCAGGGGACGUCCAGAGAAAUAAACUCUCUCCCGUCUUGGACGGGGUCUCUGAGCUUCGUCACAGUUUCGAUGGAUCUGCUGCAGAUCGCUAUCUGCUCUCUCAGUCCAGCCAGCCCCAGUCUGCUGCCUCUGCUCCUAGUACCAUGUUCCCUUACCCCAGCCAGCAUGGACCUGCUCACCCAGCCUUCUCCAUCGCCAGCCCCAGCCGCUACAUGGCUCACCAUCCUGUGAUCACCAACGGAGCUUAUAACAGCCUCCUGUCCAACUCUUCUCCACAAGGCUACCCCACGGCCGGCUACCCUUACCCCCAGCAGUAUGGCCAUUCCUACCAAGGGGCACCUUUCUACCAGUUCUCCUCCACCCAGCCGGGGCUAGUUCCUGGCAAGGCUCAGGUCUACCUGUGCAACAGGCCACUCUGGCUGAAAUUUCACCGGCACCAAACGGAGAUGAUCAUCACGAAGCAGGGGAGGCGCAUGUUCCCUUUCCUAAGUUUUAAUAUUUCUGGUCUCGACCCCACGGCUCACUACAAUAUUUUUGUGGAUGUAAUUUUGGCGGAUCCCAACCAUUGGAGAUUUCAGGGAGGCAAAUGGGUUCCUUGCGGCAAGGCGGACACCAAUGUACAAGGAAACCGAGUGUACAUGCACCCCGACUCCCCCAAUACGGGAGCCCACUGGAUGCGCCAGGAAAUCUCCUUUGGGAAACUAAAACUUACAAACAAUAAAGGAGCAUCAAACAACAACGGGCAGAUGGUGGUUUUGCAGUCCCUCCACAAGUACCAGCCCCGUUUGCAUGUGGUGGAGGUGAACGAAGACGGGACGGAGGACACCAACCAGCCGGGCAGAGUGCAGACCUUCACCUUCCCCGAAACCCAGUUCAUAGCGGUCACCGCCUACCAAAACACCGAUAUCACACAGCUGAAAAUAGAUCACAACCCUUUCGCAAAAGGCUUCCGAGACAAUUAUGACACGUAAGUAAACCGUGUUUUUAUUGCCCUUCUGCCUGCUGCACGCGCGUAUCACAGGGCGGAAGCAUCAGGAAGCGGGGUUGGCUUCAUUUCACACCGAAAUGUGCAAUGUCAGGUUUUUCCAGACUCGUCCGGGGGAAGGGGACCCACAAACUCCCCCGGCGGGACGGCAGGCGCAGAGGGGCUGUCUCUGCG